CCACCGGCCCGGGCACCCCGGCCCGCGCCGGCGGCGGCAUGCGCUGCGCGCGGCGGAGCUGACGCCGCGCCCCCGGCCCCAUGUCGUUCGCCAUGCUGCGCUCGGCGCCGCCGGGCCGCUACCUGUACCCCGAGGUGAGCGCGCUGUCGGAGGACGAGGACCGCGGCAGCGAGAGCUCCGGCUCCGACGAGAAGCCCUGCCGCGUGCACGCGGCGCGCUGCGGCCUCCAGGGCGCCCGGCGGCGGGCCGGGGGCCGGCGCGUCGGGGCCGGCGGCGCGGGGCCCGGGGGGCGCGCGGGCCGCGAGCCUCGGCAGCGGCACACGGCGAACGCGCGCGAGCGGGACCGCACCAACAGCGUGAACACGGCCUUCACGGCGCUGCGCACGCUCAUCCCCACCGAGCCCGCCGACCGCAAGCUCUCCAAGAUCGAGACGCUGCGCCUGGCGUCCAGCUACAUCUCGCACCUGGGCAACGUGCUGCUGCUGGGCGAGGCGUGCGGGGACGGGCAGCCCUGCCACUCGGGCCCCGCCUUCUUCCACGCACCGCGCGACGGCAGCCCCCCGCUGCCCCCCGCACGCGACUCGGAGAACGCGCAGCCCAAACAGAUCUGCACCUUCUGCCUCAGCAACCAGAGGAAGUUGAGCAAGGACCGCGACAGGAAGACAGCGAUCCGGAGCUAGAGGCGUCACCCCUGCCCCACGCGGCCCCCAUGGACCCCAGGGAGGGGCCACAGUCUCUGGGGAUCCCAACAUGAGGCCAGCCCCGCCUCUGGCUACGUGGGGCCGAUGGACAGCCAGGCGGCGGCGGACUCUGACUGGCCCCAGCACUCGCCCAGGCCUGCUGGAACUUUCCAUGCUGGCUUCUGACUUGGGCUUUCUACUCACUACGUGCUGGCAUCUUGUGUCUCUGAUGUGAUAAUAUAAAGGCUGGAAGUUUUGUAUGAUUAAAGUCAAA